UCAUAUAAGAAAAUGUAUUAAAAAACAAAACAUGAAUCAUUAUUAUAAGAAAAAUGAUAAAAAGUGCCACGAUCACUAAUUAACUAUAUUAAUAAUUAAGAAAAUUCUGCCUUAAAUUUAUAAAUUCAAUACUUUAAAAAUAUAAAAAAUUAUCUUAUCAACAUUAAUUUCAACAUUUUUUUUAUGUUUAACAAAUAUCGGGUACGCUGUUUAACAAUGAGCUUAUUAUAAAUAAGAGUAUUUGUCCUGCAACUCUUCCAAAUAGUCUCAAAAUAGAGAUGGAGAAAUCCCAAAAUGGAGAACUCAAUGAAGAUGCUUCUAUUUGUGGCUAUGAUUCCCUUCACCAUCUUCUCAAGGAAAAUCUCAAACCACAUCACUUUAAGGAAGUUAACCGUUUGCUUACCGGACUCAAUUGUGGAAAAGGACUUGAAACCAUUACUCUACCAGAAUCCGCUACAACUCUUUCUAUCGAACAUGAUUUCGACCUUCAGGCUUUCUGCUUUCAUGCUGAAAAAGAAGUAUUAAGGGAACCUCGAGUUGUGAGGGUCGGUUUGAUUCAAAACUCUAUUGCCCUCCCAACAACGGCUCACUUUGUGGACCAAAAAAACGCCAUCUUUGCGAAACUAAAGCCAAUUAUUGAUGCUGCCGGUUCAUCAGGGGUCAAUAUAUUAUGCUUACAAGAAUUCUGGAUGAUGCCAUACGGCUUUUGUACUCGAGAGAAGAAGUGGUGUGAAUUUGCAGAAUCUAUCGACGGGGAAUCAACUAAAUUUUUACAAAGCUUUGCAUUGAAGUAUAACAUGGUGAUUAUAAGCCCGAUUCUUGAGAGGGAAAUGAACCAUGGAGAGGUUAUUUGGAACACCGCGGUUGUAAUUGGGAAUCAUGGCAAUAUAAUUGGAAUACACAGAAAGAACCAUGUAACAAGAGUUGGAGACUUCAACGAGAGCACAUAUUAUAUGGAAGGAAAUACAGGUCACCCUGUAUUCGAAACAGCAUUCGGAAAAAUUGCCAUUAAUAUAUGUUAUGGUAGACACGUUCCUUUAAAUUGUUUAACUUUUGGCUUGAAUGGCGCGGAAAUUGUUUUCAACCCUUGUGCCACUGUUGGUGAUUUCACAGAACCAAUGUGGCCAAUAGAGGCACGAUACGCUGCAAUAGCAAAUAGUUACUAUGUUGCUUCAAUAAACCGUGUUGGAACCGAGACUUUUUCCAGUUCGUUUACUUCUGGUGAUGGCAAACCAGCACAUUCAGAUUUGGGGCCUUUUUAUGGAUCAAGUUAUAUUUCAGCACCAGAUGCAUCAUGCACGCCGUCUUUGUCACGUAAUAGGGAUGGCUUGUUAAUAUCAGACAUGGAUCUUAACUUGUGUAGGCAGUUUAAAGAUAAGUGGUGUUUCAGAAUGACUGCACGAUACGAGAUGUAUGCGGAAACACUUGCUCGGUAUUUGAAACCUGAUUUCGAGCCUCAAAUCAUCCGCGACCCCUUACUUCAUAAGAGAUCCUUAUGACCUGUGCUAGAAAGUGUUCAUUGCAUUCUCUUCAAACUGUUUUAUGUAUGUAUUAUGUUCAAAAGAAACAACCUGAAAUCAAGUUUCCAAUAUUCAUAUGUUUGAGUUUCUUUUGAGUUCAAAUAAAGACCAUGUUUAAAUCUUCCCUAUUAAUAGACAUUCUUCAGAAAAGAAGUGUUUCAUUUCA